UUAAUGUUUAGAAAGAAAACAGUCGGGGCCGUAAUUAUUAAUUUAAUUAAAAGAAGCAAAGAAAGAAAAAAUCUAUCGGGAAUUCUGGAUGCCAAUUUGAAACCCUUGUCAGCAAACGAGGAGAAGAAGAUUCUUCCCAUUUGCUUUGGUGAUUGGAGAUGUCCUCCUCACUCUACAUGGCACAGUCCUUUUUGAGAUCGUUUCUUAUCAGAAUCGGCAGAAAUGGAAGUGCUGUUCUUGUUUCUUCUUCUACUCCCUAUUCCUCUUAUUGCCAUUAUCGUUUUCAUCCUCGAAGCUUUAUUUGUCAAAGAAGGAACCAAGGCGAUGGCAUGUGCCGAAGAAUCACGGCAGCCUCCGAUUUCAAUACUACUUCUGCUAGUGAUUGUAACAGCACUAGUAGUACUGCUGGUGGUGGUGGUAGUAACGGGAAUACUGGCGAUAGUGAUGAUGGGCGGGGCUGCGGCGGCCGGGAAUUACUGACAAUGAGCGACGAAAAGCUUAUGAGCCAGUGCGAGAUGGAUACUUUCAAGGUGUCUGGUCCUGGAGGUCAGCACCGCAACAAGCGGGAAUCUGCUGUCCGUCUCAAGCACCUCCCUACUGGUAUUGUUGCUCAGGCUUCUGAGGAUAGAUCACAGCACAAGAAUCGUGCUUCAGCUCUAGCUCGCCUGCGAAAUAAAUUAGCUCUCAAAGUCAGGAAUACAGUUAAUCUGGAUGCAUAUUCACCUCCUCAAGAGCUCCUCCAAAUCCUUCCUAAGAAGUCAACGAUCAGAGGAUCAGAUUCUGGUCCACAAAUUGGGCCAAAUAAUCCGAAAUUUUAUUUGGGAAUGCAAGCAUUGGUGGAUCUAAUUUUUGCAGUUGAGGGUUCUGUCUCUGAUGCAGCAAAGAAGUUGGGUUUAAGCACUGGGGCCCUAUCACGCUUGAUCCUUUCGGAUGAUUCUCUCCGAAUGGUAGUCAAUGAGUACAGGGCAUCUAAGGGUAUGAAGCCUCUCAAAUAGGAAACCAGUCAUUUUGUGUGUCAGAACAAAUACAAUAUGAAUAAGUAAAUGGACCAAUGGGCGGCUAGGAAGAGAUUUAUGGAAUUUGAAAUUUGAAGUGCCUAUCUCGGGUAUAUGUCUUACCCAAACAGUUAUGCUUUCUAAUUUGAAAUUUUAUAUUCAAUUUAAGUGUGGUGGUAUAAGGCAAUUAAUAUGAGCCAAGUUUACUUUUGAUAUUGAAAAGUCAAAAGAUCAAUAAAAUUAUGUCAAGACUUCAAAGCAUUUAGAAGCUUUUGAUUAAUGCUUUUUAAUGCAGAGAUUGGAGAUUGCAAGACUGAAGUAAUCAUCCUAAUCAAUAGAGGUUAUAGCUAAGAUUUGUUGUUGACAGGCUCCUUACAACUCCUGCGAAAAUCUGCAUAACUUAAUCACCAGUUAUCUUACAGGUUUUACAGUUACGAGGGGAAUGCAUGUUUGGAUAUUGUUUAAUUGAUUUUUAAGCAGUUGUUCAUGGUAGCAUCUUGCCUCUGUUCUUCUUCCUUUGAGCAGGUUCUUCUGUUGCUAUGGUUUCUGUAUGUACCUGUGUGUUGGCAGGGGAUGGGUGCUAUUUCCCUCAUGGGACCAAGGUUGAACUUCUAAUGUAUGUGCUGCGUGAAUUCGUGCCAGGAUCAGUUUUGGUCCACGUCUAAUGGUGAAUGCAAGUAAACCUGUUACACUUUUACGCUACCGGCACCAGCCUUCAACAGCAGCAGCACAAAAAGGUGAAGACAAAGCUGAUGAAGCAGAAUCCAAUUCCUGUCCACCCAGCCCGCACCACAAUAUUACUCUUGUGCUUCCUUGAGUCUUAUGAAAUGCAGUUUGGUCAUCUAUUAUAUAUCCGAACACAUAAGUUAGAAAUACUUGAGAUGCACACUUCAAAGAGGAAGUUUAUGUCAAUAUUGGCACCAUUUGGUGUUUGAAUUUAAGAGAAUCCGAGGCCUUUAAUCACAGGUGUGAAAGAGUAAUCAUUACUGCG